CGCUUGUCUCUGCUCCAAUCGCAUUGCUCAGAUGUGACUCUCGAGAUUCAAAGUUGGUCAGCGAGGCGUAGCUAGGCUAACUUCUCAAUGGCAUGUUAUGUUUUCAGCAGUAACUAUAGUCUGCAUUAAUAUUUGGUAGACUCUCUCGUUUAUGAAAGUUGUGUAACUUUUGCGUGUGUUAUUGGACCAGAAUGGAAGGUAAAAUGAUCGGACCGGGUCCAUACAGGGCAACAAAGUUGUGGAAUGAAACUAUCAAGCUCUUCCGUGGAGGCAUGCCUCUGAAAAGACACUGGGCAUACUUCCGUAGCUAUGACAACAGCUUCACUGGAUCUGAGGCCGUUGAUUGGCUACAUGAGCUGCUGAAGCGAAACCAUAACUUUGGGCCAGAGGUGUCCCGGUACCAGACCCUGCAACUGCUCAGGAAAUUCAUGAAGAACCACGUCGUUGAGGAUGUCAAGGGCCGCUAUGGUAAAGAAGACUUUGAGGACAGUGGUCAAGUCUACAGGUUCCCUCCUACGUCCCCCCUGAAGCCCCUGCCCCAGCGGACCCCAUUGUCAGAAAACUGCGACCUGCCCCGCCUCAUCCGCUGGGACGACUACGAGGAACUGCCACAGCCAGAGAAAAUCCCCAUGAAGUCUCUGAUCCUGAACUCAGAGACGUGGAACAAGAGACACAGCAUAGCCAUUGGAGAGGUGCACGAGUGUAAAAUCAUACGUAGGAGUGACAUCACCCCCAAGCAAGUCGACCAAAUCUGGAAAAAAAUGACAAUCGCACAUUUGCAGAGAGUGCUGGGUCUGAAGACAAUGGAUGGAGUGUUGGAUCCCAAACACGUGAAUGCAAAGCAUAUAAUUCACAACGUAUUCAGUGUCAAUAAAACAGGAAUAGUUAUUGUGAAGAACAAAGCGGAGGACAUGCCCUAUUGGGUUCUAUCAGCAAUGAAGUGCCUAGCCAACUGGCCCAACGGUAGGGAGACCAAGCAGCCCAUGUACCCAGGCUUUGAGCGUGAUGUGCUGCGGACGGUGGCUGAGUACUUCCAGAGACUCAAAGAGCCCCUGUUGACCUUCCAGCUCUAUGAAGUCUUUGUCAACAUUCUCAGUCUGCUGCAGCAGAAAGAGGUGGCAGCAGAGGCCCUCCAGGUGUGCAGCCUCCUCCUGCCACCGGCCAACCGCCGCAGACUCCAGCUGCUCCUCCGCCUCAUGGCCAGGGUCUGCCAGAACCCCGCCCUUCCACCGCUUAACGAUGCCAUAGCAACACGCACCCUGAUGGUGCAGACAUUCUCGCGCUGCAUACUGGGCUCUGCAGAGGAGGUGGACCUGGAUGAGCUUCUGGCCACCAAGCUGGUCACCUUCAUGAUGGAGCACCACGACAGUGUCCUCAGGGUGCCCUCUAACCUGCACAGACAUGUGGAUGAUCACCUCUCCCACCUCAGGAGGGUACAGAUAAAGUAUGCCGGUGCCGAUACAGACGCCUCCCUGGUGUCUCCGUCGUACUGCAGGAAGAUUAGCAGGGCAGAGUUUGAGGAGCAGAGAGUCUCCAGCUCCCAGGGGCCCAUGCAGGAGCUGCUGGAGGGCCUCAUCGCCGACACUGAGCUCUCAGCCAAGGACAAGAGGAAGAGACUCAAGCAGUUCCAGAAGUCCUAUCCAGAGAUUUACCGCAGGCGGUUCCCCACAGCGGAGAGCAAGGCUGCUGUCUUACCAGAGAAAGCACCACGGCUCAAACCUCAGCUCAUGCUGCUAACCCUAAAGAAACCCUUCCAGCCUUUCCAAAGGAGUUGGAGCUUUAGGACCUAACUCUCACCUCUGACUCUGCACGUCUGACCUCUACAGUGUGGCCAGGAGACAGGGAGGAUUAUGUGUGUUUCAGUGUUUGGAACUUAUUCCACAGCAGGUCAAUGAGAAUAGAAUUCACAGGGGUAAAGUGGCAAUAGAUGGAAUAGUGUUGCCAAUUUGACUUACUAUACUAGAAACUACUGUUAAACUAAGAAGAGAAGUAUAGUAGAAACUACUGUUAAACUAAGAAGAGGAUGCUAGGAAUCCAUAAAGGGCAGCUUGUGUUAGCCAAUUAAACAGUGAAUGGAAAUUAUCAUGCAUAACAGGUCCAUAGAAUUGGUCACUACAGGUAGAAUUAGAAAUGUGUGUGCCAUGUUUAAAUUGGUUUUAAAAAAUGAAACACAAAUUACCCCCUUUUUCGAUCUUGUCUCAUCGCUGCAACUCCAAUGGGCUCGGGAGGUGAAAGUUGAGUCAUGCGUCCUCCGAAAACAUGGUUCUUAGCAACCGUCCGCUUAACCCGGAAGCCAACCGCACCAAUGUGUUGUAGGAAACACUGUUCAACUGACGACCAGGUCAGCCUGCAGGCGCGUGACAAGGAGUCGCUAGAGCGUGAUGUGCCAAGUAGAGCACCCCCGGCCAAACCGUCCCCUAACCAGGACGACGCUGGGCCAAUUGUGCGCCGCCUUAUGGGACUUCCGAUCACAGCUGAUUGUGAUACAGCCCCGGAUUAAACCUGGGUCUGUAGUGACGCCUCUAGCACUGCAAUGCAGUGUCUUAGACCGCUGCACCACUCGGGAGGCCCAUGUGAACACCGAUUUUUAUUUUAUUUUACCGUCAUGCAUUUCAAUUGGCCAUUUACAGUGAGCUCCAAAAGUAUUGGGACGGUGACCAAUUUUUGUUGUUGUUUUGGCUCUGUACUGCAGCACUUUGGAUUUGAAAUGAUACAAUGACUUUGGGGUUAAAGUGCAGACUGUCAGCUAAAAAUGUGAGUGUAUUUUCAUGCCAUUUUAGGGAACCAAAAGUAUUGGAACAAAUUCACGUGUAUUAAAGUAGUCAAGUUUAGUAUUUGGUAACAUAUUCAAAGCACGCAAUGAUUACGUCAAGCUUGUGACUACACAUUUGUUGAAUGCAUUUGCUGUUUGUUUUGGUUGUGUUUCUGAUUAUUUGUGCCCAAUAGAAGUUAAUGGUAAAUAAUGUAUUGUCAUUUUGGAGUCACUUUUAUUGUAAAUAUGAAGAAUAUAAUGUUUCUAAACACUUCUACAUUAAUGUGGAUGCUACCAUGAUUAUUGAUAGUGAAUAAUGAUGAAAGUUACAGAUGCACAAAUAUCACACCCCCAGAAAUGCUAACCUCUCCUAUUAUUGUAAUGUUUUUUUUCUUUUUUUCCCCCCACCUUUAUUUAACCAGGUAGCCUAGUUGAGAACAAGUUCUCAUUUGCAACCACGACCUGGCCAAGAUAAAGCAUAGCAGUGUGAACAGACAACACAGAGUUACACAUGGAGUAAACAAUUAACAAGUCAAUAACACAGUAGAGAAAAAAAAGUCCAAAUACAUUGUGUGCAAAAGGCAUGAGGAGGUAGGUGAAUAAUUACAAUUUUGCAGAUUAACACUGGAGUGAUAAAUUAUCAGAUGGUACAGGUAGAGGUAGAGAUAUUGGUGUGCAAAAGAGUAAAUAAAUAUAAACAGUAUGGGGAUGAGGUAGGAAAAUUGGGUGGGCUAUUUACCGAUAGACUAUUUUUACCUUUAUUUUACUAGGCAAGUCAGUUAAGAACAAAUUCUUAUUUUCAACGACGGCCUAGUAACAGUGGGUUAACUGCCUGUUCAAGGGCAGAACGACAGAUUUUGUUCCUUGUCAGCUCAGGGAUUUGAACUUGCAACCUUUCGGUUACUAGUCCAAUGCUCUAACCACUAGGCUACACUGCCGCCCCACUAUGUACAGCUGCAGCGAUCGGUUAGAUGCUCAGAUAGCAGAUGUUUGAAGUUGGUGAUGGAGAUAAAAGUCUCCAACUUCAGCGAUUUUUGCAAUUUGUUCCAGUCACAGGCAGCAGAGAACUGGAAUGAAAGGCGGCCAAAUGAGGUGUUGGCUUUAGGGAUGAUCAGUGAGAUACACCUGCUGCAGCGCGUGCUACGGGUGGGUGUUGCCAUCAUAACCAGUGAACUGAGAUAAGGUGGAGGUUAACAUGUCUUUGGGGAAUGAUAUUUGUGAUUUUAAGUUUCUAACUCCUUAUUAUUCAUGAUUUCAUUCAGGAUUAUCCGUAAUCACGGGGGAUCCACAUUUGAAGUGUUUAGAAACAUUGUAGUCUUAUUUACAAUAACAGUGACUCAAAUAACACAAUACAUUAUUAACCAAGCAUUUUAAUAUGGCACAAAAUGAUCUGAAACACAAUCAAAACAAACAAGUGUGAUGCAAUCAUUGCAUGGUACGAUUAUGGGACCAAAUAAUACACUUUAAACUACUUUAAUACACAAGUGAAUUUAUCCCAAUACUUUUGGUCCACUAAAAUGGGGAGUUGUUUAUGUACAAAAAGUGCUGUUAUUUCUAAACGGUUCACCCGAUAUGGAUAAAUUCCCUCAAAUCAAAUAGAAGAUCGACAGUCGUCUGCACUUGAACCUCAUAAUCAUUGUAUAAUUUCAAAGCCAAAGUUCUGGAGUAAAGAGCCAAAACAACAUGUGUCACUGUCCCAAUACUUCUGGAGCUCACUAUGUCUCUGUUAAUAUUAUUUGGUGGGUGUGGUCUUUCUCAGAACACAUAGGUACUGAAGGGCUGGAAGAGCCAUUUUCUUCAAUAUAGCACUGGUCUAUGGAAUUGGCAGUCAUCUCUGAUUCUUCACUUAAUUUCAUUAUAGAAUUUCAUAAUCAUCUUGUUUACUACUAGGUCUUCUGGAGACACCCCAGUAGGCUUAGGGUGGAUCGAGUCAUUUCAUGAGACAUGUGUUGUUUUUAAAUUUAAUUGUCAUGGUACUGUAUUUCAGUAAUGGAAAAUAUUAUUUCAAGUUUAAUAUAUUUUUGAUAACUCUAAACUACUUUCAUCGGCUUUAGCUGUACAUCUGUUUUUCUGAUCACACUGGAGAACUAGAAACCGUCGUUAAGAAUGUUGCUGAAGAACUCACUGAAGUGCCAGUUGAUAAUAUUGUAUAUUUGUUGGAAUGUUUUUAGUAAUUUUGUAUAUAGUUAUAAGAAGUUAUUUUUCACACGGUCACACAGUAUGUCCUUUACUAUAACAAGCAUGUUGUUUUAUUUCCUGUCACUGUCUUACUACUGUACCUACACAUGUAAAUGUAAUGACAUCUUUAGCUUUUCAUCACCUUUUUUUCCUUUCUUUUUGUCUUUGAGUGAAGUUUUUUUAAUGAUUUAAACAAACUUUUAGCACUGGAUAAUUUGUAUACAGAUAUCACAAGUAUUUUUGGUUGAUAAUGUUAGUGGAUAGAUGGAAGAAUGUUGGAAUCCUGACUGUUACGACCUUACUGCACGUAGUAAGUGGCUGCUCUUGCAUUUUUGCUGGAAUAAGGAAACCUGAUGAAUACAAGAAAUGUAAAAGGUG